AUAUGGCUCACUACAGUUAUUACAGCAACCCGGAAGGCUCGUACCACGGUCAGGCCGUGAAGCAGCACGUCCCUUUCCGCACCUCCUCGGACGGCUCCCUUCGCCUCCACCUACUGCACGGCAACCUCGACAUUUGGGUCAAAGAGGCAAAAAACCUCCCCAACAUGGACCUCCUCAACCACAGCAUGGGCAACCUCUUCGGCAGCCUCUCUGGCAAAAUCCAGACUAGCGACCCCUACGUGACCGUCUCCGUUUCCAACGCCGUCCUCGCCCGAACCUUCGUGAUCAAGGACAACGAGAACCCCGUGUGGGCCCAGCACUUCCACGUCCCCGUGGCCCACCGGGCCUCCGAGGUCCAGUUCGUCGUCAAGGACAACGACCUCGUGGGCUCCGAGAUCAUCGGGGCCACAGGCGUCCCCGCCGAGCAGCUAGUCUCGGGCUACCGUGUCAACGCCACGUACCCGCUCGUGGGCCCGAACGGGCGUCCGUGCAGCUCGGGGGCAGCGUUCCUGAGCUUCUCGAUUCAGUACGAAGGUGUAAUGAAUACUGGAGAUGACGAGACGCGCAGAUACUUCAAGCAUUCGUCUGUGAGGGUACUUCUAUGUCCACGUAUUGCUGGGAAAGGUAGCUGGGCCAAAAAACAGGAAACGGGUACAAUCUAUACUCACCAUCAGAAAAGUGUGAUAGUUGAUGUAGAGUCCAGUAACUAUGGAAGAAAAAUCGUGGCCUUUGUUGGGGGCCUCGACCUCUGCAAGGGUAGAUACGACACCCCACAGCACCCGCUAUUCAGCACGUUGCAAACUAUCCACAAGGACGAUUAUCAUAAUCCUAAUUUCACGGGGCCAACAGUGGGUUGUCCUAGAGAGCCGUGGCACGAUUUGCAUUGCAGAAUUGAUGGUCCGGCGGCUUAUGAUGUGUUGAAGAAUUUCGAAGAGAGGUGGCUAAGGGCUGCAAAGCGCCAUGGCCCGAACAAACUAAAAAGCUCGUACGAUGAUUGUUUGCUGAAGCUUGAACGAAUGCCAGAAAUAAUGGGAAUCACAGAAGCAGCCACAGUAUCUGAAGAUGAUCCAGAGUCUUGGAACGUCCAGGUCUUUCGUUCAAUUGACUCGAACUCAGUUAAAGGGUUCCCCAAGAAUCCGAGGGAGGCUUCGGAGAGGAAUUUGGUGUGUGGGAAGAAUGUAUUGAUAGACAUGAGUGUACAUACAGCUUAUGUUAAGGCAAUUCGUUCUGCCCAACAUUUCAUUUACAUCGAGAACCAGUACUUUCUUGGGUCGUCUUACAACUGGGCUCACUACAAGGACUUGGGUGCAAACAAUUUGAUCCCUAUAGAAAUAGCACUGAAGAUUGCGAACAAAAUCCGAGCUGGGGAGAGAUUUGCUGCAUAUAUCCUGGUUCCAAUGUGGCCAGAGGGAGUCCCUACAAGUACUCCAACUCAAAGAAUUCUCUUUUGGCAGUACAACACAAUGCAGAUGAUGUACGAAAUCAUCUACAAUGCUUUAGUAGAGACGGGCCUCCACACAGAAUACGAACCUCAGGAUUAUUUGAACUUCUUUUGCCUUGGUAAUCGUGAGCCGGAUUACAGUGGUUCCGAUCUGUCAAACGUCAAGAGCUCCAGCACAAGCACUCCACAGGCCCUUAGUAGAAAGAACCGUCGUUUCAUGAUUUAUGUCCACUCAAAGGGAAUGAUAGUGGACGAUGAGUACAUAUAUGGAUAUAGGAUGUCUCUGUGGGCAGAGCAUACGGGCACUCUCGAGCAAUGCUUUGAGCAUCCCGAGAGCUUAGAAUGCGUGAGACGCGUGAGAUGGAUGGGUGAGGUUAAUUGGAGAGAGUUCGAGUCGAGCGAGAUAAGUGCAAUGAGAGGGCACCUACUGAAGUACCCAGUGCACGUUGAUAGCACGGGAAAGGUUACGCCUUUGCCCGGUUGUGAGACUUUUCCCGACAUGGGUGGCAAGAUAAUCGGCACAUUUACUGGGAUUCAAGAAAAUCUCACCAUU